AUGCUGGCGCAGCCGCUGCCGGAGAAGCGGUCGCCAGGGACCGUGGGCCCCACUUUGCAGCUCUACCCUCUGUGGGUGGCCAAGCAAACGGCCAAGCAGGCCGGGUUCGCGGCGGCCUCCAAGCUCCGACUGAACAUCUCCUCGGUGCUGAAGACUGGGGACAGCUUGUUGGACAAUGAUGCCUGCUUCCAGAGGUACAUCAUGAACCCCUAUGGCAGCAAGAGGCUCGCGUGGGGCAUACUGGGCGUCAUUCUGAUCCUCUGGGACCUGGUGGUCAUCCCCUUGACGGUGUUCAAGCUGGGCCAAGUCAGCAACUUCCUGGACAUCAUGUCCAUCAUCACCUUCGCUUACUGGCUCUUGGACCUUCCAGGGACCUUCCUGGUGGGGGUGGACCUGGACGGCACCUUGGACAUGCGGCCCAGGUCCGUCGCCAUGCAGUACUUCAAGACCUGGUUCUUUCCGGAUCUGGUGAUUUUGUUGCUGGACGUCGUUCUCUUCAUUGUCACCGCGAUGGCCUCAGACAACACCCCGCAAGCGCUGCAGACAGCGUCACUGGUGCGUGCCCUGCGACUCUUCCGCAUCGUUCGCCUGGUGCGUUUGCACAAAGCGGCCGCCGUGGUGGAUGUCAUCCAGAUGCGCGUCCGCUCCGAGUAUGUGGUUCUGGUCGUCAAGAUGGUGCGGCAGUCUUUGCUGAUCAUUGGGGUGAAUCACUACAUCGCCUGCGCCUGGUUUUCCGUGAGUGACACGCUCGAGGGCCCCGACACCUGGGUCAACGUCUUUGGAGUGAAGAAUGUGGAUGCGUGGCAUCAGUACAUGGUGAGCUUCCACUGGUCCUUGACGCAAUUUGCCCCGGCCACCAACAACGUGGCGCCCCAGAACGCCAUCGAGCGCUUCUUCGCCAGCCUCAUUGUGAUCUAUGCCUUUGUGGCCUUCAGUUCCUUUGUGAGCGCCAUGACCAACGCCGCCAACGAGCUCAGGGCCUUCACGCUGAAGAGCGCACAGCAGGAGGCGCAGAUCAGAAACUUCCUGGGUGACAAGAAGGUCUCGUCAGACCUGUGGUGCCGCAUCCGGAAGUUCUGCAAGUCCAACAACUCCAUGACGCGACUGGUCACUGAGAAGGACAUCGCCCUCUUCAACGACAUCCCCGAGAGUCUCAGGAUUUUGCUGCACGAGGAGCUCUACCGCGAGGUGUUUCUCGACUCCCACUUCCUCUCGGGCAUCCAGGAUGCAGACGACUUACAUCAGAUCUGCAAGCGCUUCUGCCAUUUCUGCUUCAGUGAGCAGGUCACCGCGGCGAAGCUGGACGUCUUUGUGGACGGCACCGAAGCGCAGCAUGUCUACGUGUCCCGGACUGGAGAUUCCAUUUACUGGAGCAUCCUGCUGGAUCGCAAUCGGCAAGAGCUGCGGGGCACCCAUUGGCUGUGCGAGCUGGCGCUGUGGGCGAAGUGGCAUCACCGGGGGCAGCUUGUUGCCAACACCACCACCCGUUUUGUCACCAUCGACCCCAAAAGCUUCGCCACCAUUGCGGCCAGCGAGGGAGGCCCCAUUUUCGCCUACCUGCGCACGCUUGGGCUGCUGCUCAUCGGCCAGGCAGAGGUUACCGAGGAGCAGUCCGAGGAUGGGGUCACCGACCUGACUUUGGGAGAUGAGCUGGUGCGGAAUCUGGCGAGCAGGGCCUCCGGCUUCGCGCAGUUCACGGAGCCUAGCCAGCGGGGCAAGUCCAUCAGGCUGUCGCACCUCGGCUCGCUGGCGGGCCUGCGAAGGAGCAGCAGCGACUACAGCAGCCAGUCAUGGAUUUGA